CCCUUCACGACGGCGAAGACGGAAUUACAGAAGAGAGGAGUUCCUUUUUGGGAGCGAAGGGACGACCGGAGCCAUACGAACAGCUUUCUCUCUCUAUCAGAAUCCUGGAUUCUCUCCUAUAUUCAUUCCCGUCGCCGCCAUCGCCGCCGCCGUGAGCUCGUGUCGGCGCGCAUCUGCCCGCGCGCGCGAAAAACUUGCAGCCUAAGCUCCUGCGUUGCUGAAUUUGUCGAUCCGUGAGGGGGUUAGGAUUACAUUAUCCUCGCAGCCAAGAGGCCUCUCCGUGAGAGAAUUCAUGAAGCCGAUCAGGCUUCCCGAGCCGCCUAGCCCGACCUUUGGCGUCCCGGAGAUCUUCGAGGCUGGUGCUUAUAGCAUCGUCCGACGGGCAAUCAUCAUUGGAAACGGCUCUCCUGGAGCUGAGAACCAGAGCAUCGGAUUGGUCCGUGCCCUCGGUUUAUUGGACAAGCAUGUUCUCUACAGAGUUACGAGGCCUAAAGGAGGUGUAAAUGAGUGGCUACACUGGCUUCCUGUGUCAGUUCACAAGAAUUUGGACUUUAUAUUGAGGCAGCUUUUUGGAUACACACAGCUUUGGUUAACAGCCCGAGGAAGGAAGCCUGUGAUUGUACGUUCUGAAAAUGGUAAAGGGGUGGGCUUGUCUACCAUUUUGGAGGCCGACGUGAAGAAGAUUGUAUCCACGGCUAGAGAAACCUAUGAAAAGGAUGGGCCAUUACUAGUUGUUGCCUCUGGUAGGGAUACAAUCUCUGUUGCAAGUUCUAUCAAGCGUCUGGCAUCACAAAAUGUUUUUGUCAUUCAGAUACUACAUCCAAGGACAAGGUUAGAUAGGUUUGAUCUGGUGAUUACCCCUAAACAUGAUUACUAUCCUUUGACACCUCAAGCGCAGCAGCAGGUUCCUCGAUUUUUACGACUGUGGAUGACUCCACGUGAACCUCCAGAUGGGCAUGUGGUCCUCACUUUAGGAGCUUUGCAUCAGAUUGAUUCUACUGUACUGAGGAAUGAAGCUAGUGCCUGGCAUGACGAAUUUGCACCUCUUCCAAAGCCUCUACUUGUGGUCAACAUUGGAGGACCUAUAAGCAACUGUCGGUAUGGUGUGGAUCUCGCCAAGCAGUUGAUAGCAAAUCUACUCAGCGUGCUUGCGAGCUGUGGCAGUGUCCGAGUGUCUUUUUCAAAUAAAACCCCGGCAAAGGUGUCCAAUUUUAUUGUGAAACAACUUGGAGAUAACCCAAAAGUCUACAUCUGGGAUGGCAAAGAGCCGAACCCUUAUAUGGGGCAUCUAGCAUGGGCAGAUGCGUUUGUUAUUACGGCGGAUUCAGUCAGUAUGAUAAGUGAAUCCUGCAGUACAGGGAAGCCAGUGUAUGUUAUGGGAGCCGAGCGAUGCACAUGGAAAUAUGCUGAGUUCCAUAAGUCUCUGAGGGACCGAGGAGUCGUACGGCCAUUCCUGGGUACUGAAGAUAUGUCGGAAAGCUGGAGCUAUCCUCCCUUGAACGACACGGCAGAAGCAGCUAAUCAGGUCCGGAAAGCCCUUGCAGAGCGAGGAUGGAGUAUCCGCUCAUAAACGGUAGACCUGUCAAUAGGACGAAUCUGUAAACAAGUUAUCUGAUCAUCUUCAAGUUAUGGUUCGUACAGAACAAAGAGAUUACUGCUGUAUCUACACAUGGUUUUAGUUUCAGAUCGAUAUUCUUUCCCUUGUGGAUUUUUGGUACACGGAUUGUAAAAUAAAUCUCGAGAAAGGAAAAAAGAUGGCUCUGAGUACAUAGGUACUUUGAGGGCUUUUGUUUGUGUAGGACAUUGCAGUAAGUAUCGAGCUGUAUAUUCAAGUUUUAGGAGUAAAUGAAUUGCAUGUUUAUUUCCAUUGACA